AUGUACCUCAUCACUGUGUUUGGAAACGUGCUCAUUAUCCUGGCUGUUGGCUCUGACUCUCACCUCCACACUCCCAUGUACUUCUUUCUGGCCAACUUGUCCUUUGUAGACAUCUGUUUCACCUCAACCACCAUCCCCAAGAUGCUGGUAAAUAUACAGACACAGAGCAAAUUUAUAUCAUAUACAGGAUGCAUCAGCCAGAUCUGCUUUUCCUUACUCUUUGCAGGCUGGGAUGACUUUCUCUUGGCUGUGAUGGCCUAUGAUCGUUUUGUGGCCAUCUGCCACCCAUUGCACUACAUGGUCAUCAUGAAUCCCCGGGUCUGUGGACUGCUGGUUCUGGUGUCCUGGAUCAUCAUUGUUUCCUUAUUUUAUUGCACUGUCCUGGGAGUGUACCUUAGCUCUGCUGUUACCCAGAGCUCCCAUGCAAGUGCAGUAGCCUCAGUAAUGUACAUGGUCAUCACGCCCAUGCUGAACCCCUUCAUCUACAGUCUGAGGAACAAAGAUAUAAAGGAGGCUCUGAUGAGAUUUUUCAGGAGGGCAGUUAUAAAAGGAACAUUGUCUUGGUGGUGA